AUGACGUCCGGUCCGAAUUCCAACGCCACCCCGCGGCCGGCCAAGAUCUGCGUCUACUGCGGCUCGUCGCCCGGGAACAAACCGGCGUAUCUUAAAGCAGCCCAAGAGCUGGGUAGGCUUAUGGCAGAGAACAAUAUCUCUUUAGUUUAUGGAGGUGGCACAGUAGGGUUGAUGGGGGAAGUAGCGAAGACAAUAGUAUCGAUAUCAGGACCUGAUGCCGUCCACGGUAUCAUCCCCGAAGCGCUAGUUAAAUGGGAGCGAGAUGCAACGUAUUCGUCGACUAAGGAUGCCAACGGGUAUCACGUUCCGGAAGAGCAGAUCUACGGCCGAACGACGGUUGUAAAAGACAUGCAUACGAGGAAACUGAUGAUGGCAAGAGAAGUGAUCGAAGGAGGACCCGGAAGUGGCUUUAUUGCGCUCCCUGGCGGCUACGGCACGAUGGAAGAGCUACUCGAAACAGCCACAUGGAACCAACUGGGUAUCCACGACAAAGGUGUUUGCUUACUGAACACAAACGGAUUCUAUAACGGCUUAACGCAAUGGAUUAAGACGGCCGUCGACGAGGGGUUCGUUAAAGCAGGCAAUGCCGAUAUCUUGGUUACGGCAAACGAUGCCGAGGGUGCGCUCAAGGCCUUACGGGAAUACAAAGUUUCAGACGCGCGUUAUGGAUUAAAUUGGGCAAAUGGCGAUAGCGAGCUAGCAUCCUUUGGGAUAAAUCACCACUACGGAUCGAGAAUUAUAAAACUACCAAUCCAUAUCGAGGCUCCUGACAUUGUUGAGAUACUACAAGGCGAUAGGAGGGAUUUCAUCAUUCUUGACUCUGCAAGCGCCAAGGCAAAUAGAAUCGGAGCUGAUGUGCGAGGGCGUUAUAGUAUCAUCGCCUUAGAUGUUGAUGAGGCAUCGAAGUUGGAAUAUAGAACCGGGGAUAGACAUGUCAUCGCCCGCUGCUCAUGUUCUCGAAAGCCUUUCCGGUCCGAAAAAGUUCAUCUCGCCCCUGGGCAAACGAUAUGGCAACUAUUAGCCGAGUUCUGGACUAAGCGUAGAGUGGCACCCGAUGAUCGCUCAGCACCUUUCCUUGGCGGGUUCAUGGGCUAUACUACUUACGAGCUUGGAUUAGAGGGUAUUGAUGUUAAAUCUCACGAAGAGAGGAGUCACAACAGACCAGAUCUCUGCUUCGCCUGGGUUACCAAAAGUAUUGUGAUAGACCAUACGGAAGGGACCUUACGCGUUCAGCACUUAUCGCCAAUGGAGUCUGAAGGAAACGACUGGGCAGACUCUAUCGUCGAAAAGCUUUCAACUUCGCUAGUAUGGUCAGAUGGACUUCGUGCGAAUUUCAACAAGCGUACACAAUUGAGCCAGCUUACACCACCGUCAACACCAGAUUCUAUAUUUGCAAAAGCACAAAUACAAGUGCCGGACGCCGACGAAUAUGAGGCAAAGGUCCAAAAAUGUCAAGACUUCAUUGCCUCGGGCGAUUCGUAUGAGUUGUGCUUAACAGAUCAGACGCAUAUCACGCGACCAAAAAUACCCCCAACGCUAGAAUCCUGCCCUCUUAUGCCCCUCGAACCUGGAAAACCAGCUCAGACUUCGUGGCAGCUAUACCGUUCUUUGCGUUCCCGCCAGCCAGCCCCCUUUGGUUCGUAUAUCCGGCUUGGUGGCGCGACGCUAAUCAGCAGCUCACCAGAACGGUUCCUCGAGUUCAGCGCUGAUGGUCUAUGCUCAAUGCGUCCGAUGAAAGGCACAGUGCGUAAAUCAAGCGCCGUCUCGACCCUCGCACAGGCCGAAGCCAUCUUACACGUACCCAAAGAAGAAGCCGAGAACCUAAUGAUCGUCGACCUCGUGCGACAUGACCUACACGGCGUAUGUGGACCCGGCCGCGUAGCCGUCCCUAAGCUCAACAUCGUCGAGGAAUACGCCAGCGUGUUCCAGAUGAUCAGCGUCGUGGAAGGCCUGCUACCGGAGAACGACGACGACGGGAUGCCAAAGAAAACCGGUCUAGACGUCCUGGCCGCGAGCUUGCCCCCCGGAAGCAUGACCGGCGCCCCCAAGAAGCGCAGCUGCGAGAUCCUGCACGAGAUCGAAGGUCGCCACGAGCGGAGCUUAUACUCGGGCGUCGUGGGAUACAUGGACGCCGCGGGCCGUGGCGACUGGAGCGUUACGAUCCGGAGCUUGUUCCGCUGGGACGACGAGACUGUCGAAGGAAAUAACCAGCAGCAGCAGCAGGAGCACGAGGUCUGGCAUAUCGGUGCUGGUGGCGCGGUUACCGCUCUGAGCACCGCCGAGGGCGAGCGCGACGAGAUGUUUACGAAACUUAAGGGGCCGUUGGGCGUGUUCGAUGAUGAAGCGUGA